CCGGGCCGAGGAAGAUGGCGGAGUCCGGCGGCGCCGAGCGGCCGCCCACGCCUGUCUGCGGCGGCCCCCGCGGUGGGAGCAGCAUGGCAGACAAGUGCAGCGCCCUGAAAUGCACGUUCUCUGCUCCGGGCCACAGCACCACGCUUCUCCAGGGCUUGGCUUCCCUCCGGGCACAGGCACAAUUGCUCGAUGUCAUCCUCACCAUCAACAACGAGGUGUUUCAGGUCCACAAAGUGGUUUUGGCCGCCUGCAGCGAUUACUUCAGGGCCAUGUUCACCGGUGGGAUGCGAGAAGCCAGCCAAGAUGUAAUCGAGCUGAAGGGCGUCUCAGCCAAGGGCCUGAAGCACAUCAUUGAGUUUGCAUACAGCGCUGAAGUGACCCUUGACCUUGACUGCAUUCAGGACGUCCUGGGGGCAGCCGUCUUCCUGCAGAUGGUACCUAUGGUGGAGCUCUGCGAGGAAUUUCUCAAGUCCGCCAUGAGCGUGGAGACCUGCCUCAACAUAGGCCAGAUGGCCACCACCUUCAGCCUGGCUUCCCUGAAGGAGUCGGUGGACGCCUUCACCUUCCGCCAUUUUCUCCAGAUUUCGGAGGAGGAGGACUUCCUCCACCUGCCGUUGGAGCGGCUUGUCUUCUUCCUGCAGAGCAAUAAGCUGCGGAGCUGCAGCGAGAUCGACCUCUUCCGGGCCGCCAUCCGCUGGCUGCAGCACGACCCCGUGCGCCGGAGCCACGCCAGCCAGGUCCUCUGCCACAUCCGUUUCCCGCUCAUGAAGUCCUCCGAGCUGGUGGACAACGUCCAGACUCUGGACAUCAUGGUGGAGGACGUCCUGUGCCGCCAGUACCUCCUGGAAGCCUUCAGCUACCAGAUCCUGCCUUUCCGGCAGCACGAGAUGCAGUCUCCCCGGACCGCCAUCCGCUCCGACGUCCUCUCGCUCAUCACUUUUGGGGGCACCCCGUAUACGGACAACGACCGGAGCGUGAGCGCCAAAGUCUACUGCUUGCUGGACAGCAGCGCCCGUCAGUUCAAGGAGCUGGCGGAGAUGGAGGUGGGGAGCAGCCACACCUGCGUGGCGGUGCUGGACAAUUUCGUCUACGUGGUCGGCGGGCAGCACCUGCAGUACCGCAGCGGCGAAGGGGCGGUGGACCUCUGCUUCCGCUACGACCUGCACCUGAACCGCUGGCUGCGCAUCCAGGCCAUGCAGGAGAGCCGGAUCCAGUUCCAGCUGAACGUCCUGCAGGGCGCCCUCUAUGCCACGGGCGGCCGGAACCGCUCGGGCAGCCUGGCCUCCGUGGAGAAGUACUGCCCCAAAACCAACGAGUGGAGCUACGUUUGCUCGCUCAAGCGCCGGACGUGGGGUCACGCCGGGGCUACCACGGGAGGCCGGCUGUACAUCUCGGGCGGGUACGGGAUCUCGGUGGAAGACAAGAAGGCCUUGCAUUGCUACGACCCCUCCGGGGACCAGUGGGAGUUCCGGGCCCCCAUGAACGAACCCCGCGUCCUCCAUGCGAUGGUCAGCGCCAACGACCGGAUUUACGCGCUGGGAGGACGCAUGGACCACGUCGAUCGUUGCUUCGAUGUCCUGGCGGUGGAGUAUUACGUCCCGGAGUGCAACCAGUGGACCAUGGUGACUCCUAUGCGGACGGGACAGUCCGAGGCCGGCUGUUGCGUGCUCAACAGGAAGAUCUUCAUCAUCGGGGGCUACAACUGGCACUUGAACAAUGUCACCAGCAUCGUGCAGGUGUACAACACGGAGACGGACGAGUGGGAGAGGGACCUUCACUUCCCAGAAUCCUUUGCGGGUAUCGCUUGCGUGCCGGCGAUUUUGCCGCAGGCGGCUGCCCGGAGGUGACCCUCGCACGACUCUCGUGCUGAAGAGGAACACUCUUUCUCUGACAUAAGUUGUAUGUCUUUGACAGAAAAGUGAACCUGGAAUCCCCAUUCUGCCAUCCUUGUGUCCUGGCAGACGCUCCAUCUCUGCUGGGGACUGAGAAUACCACCAUGAUGGUGUUUCUCAUGAGAGGGAAUGGGUGUCGGAGUGUUUUCUGUCCUUUCUCUUCUCUAACGGAUGUCCUGUCUUACAGAAAUUAAGUAAGCCCUUUUCCCCUCUUUUAUAAACUGGAAAAGGUUUAACUGCACCCCAGUACAUUGUUAUCUGUAAGUUCCUUUGUGUCUGGACACUUCAAAACCGAAAGGAUCCCAAAAUGAAAUCAAGAAGCAACCAAGUACGUCUUGAGCUUGCCUACAGCAAUAAGAAGAACGGAGUGAUGUGGGGCAGUCCAAAGAGAUUAAAGUGCAUGAGCGCGUUCAAAUGUGCAUUUGUUUGUUCGUCCUUUUAAACGCAUUUUAAACAC